GAGAGAGAGAGUCCAGCGUGGCAAUGAGUUUCUCUCUCUAAAACUCUACCUAGUAUCAAUCUUUAUUUCCUCUCAGAGAGACAGAGAGCUUCUUCUUGUAGCUGCCAAAUUUACAGAUUCUCGAAUUCAUUGACCAUUCGUCUCUCUCUCUUUCUCUCUCGCUGAAACAACGGAGAGAAAGGAAUUAAUUUCUCUCCAAGUAUCUGUUUGUCUCCCCAGAACUCCUCCGUUUCUUCUGCUUCUUCUUCAAACUACUCUGUUUUUCCGCUCAUUUUUUUUCCCCCUCUUCCGUGCCUCUCUUUCCACAAUCUUUUUGUUUUCCCUCUUUAAAAAUCUACUUCCCAUUUUUUCCAUUUUCGUUACGUCAAGUUUCUGAAUUUCUUUUUUUUUUUCUUUUUUUCCUUUUUUUUUUCACUCUUUCUCUCUAAAACUGCUCCACCACUUUCACUUCGUUUUGCUAUUUUUUUUUUUUUCGUUCUGUUUUAUUUCAGAGCAGUAUUUUCUUUCCUUCUGGGUUUUCUCGAAUGCUGAUUCUUGGCGUGACCUGAUCUCGAAAUUUUCAAUCUUGCAUUCAAUCAUUCUUUGCCUUAUCGUUGCAAGUUCAACAAACCCAUUUCAACGAUCUUCUUCUUUACUCUAUAAAAAACCCCAUCUUUUUCACUUUUCUCUACCAUCCCCCCUUAAAUUCUUCUGUACAGUCUCAGAGAUCCAAAAUGUUUGACACGUUAUUGAAGCCUAAGUUCUACAACAAAUGCAAACAAUGUAUUAAGACCACGAAAACUCGACUGGAUGCGAUAAAGAAGAAGAGGAAUGCAGUUCAGAAAUAUUUGAGAAGUGACAUUGCAGAUCUUCUUAGGAGUGGCCUUGAUAUCAAUGCGUAUGGAAGGGCUGAGGGGCUUCUGGUUGAGCAAAUUAGGUCCUCCUGUUACGAAUUAAUCGAGAAUUUUUGUGGGAUUAUCUCAAAUAAUCUCUCUCUUAUGCUAAAGCAGAAGGAAUGCCCUGAAGAAUGUAGAGAAGCUGUUCCAUCUUUGAUGUAUGCUGCCGCAAGGUUUGCUGAUUUGCCAGAACUUCGAGACCUCAGAAAUUUAUUUACUGAGAAAUAUGGAAAUUCCCUCGAAUGUUAUAUAAAUAAAGAGUUCGUGGAGAUGUUAAGGCCAAAACAUCCUUCCAAGGAAAUGAAGCUUCAGUUGAUGCAAGACAUAGCAAAAGAAUCAUCAAUUGAAUGGGAAUCUAAGGCUUUGGAACAGAAACUUUUUACGCCAUCUCCCAUGCAAGAGCAGCCUAAGUAUGGGUCAAUGAAAGAAACUGAUAAUGAUCUUGAAAAGGCAUACAAUAGCAAUGAAGAUGCUCUUUCGAGAGGAAAAACUAAAGAUGAUUAUAAUGCAUCCAAAGGAAGUGAAAAUGUUGAUAGCUACAAGCUGCAGAGCAGUAGUAGUGAAGAUGAAACUACUACAGAUAUUUCCCUUGACGCCCCACAGAAAUCUUCAAGUUCCAUAGGGAGUGUUUCCGAGGAUGAAGUAGACAGUAAGAAGCCCUUCUAUCUCAGAUUUAUUCCUCCACCUUACCUCAAACCAAAAACUGAGAGAAAGGACAAGAGUUUAGACCAUGAUUUAGCGGUGGAGGAUAAGCCAAAGCCAAGAUCAGUUAGGAGGAGAAACUUGAAACCGCCAUCGGGUCGUGAGGUUGUCGGAAGUAAUGAGAUGGAAACUGAUGGGGUUGUGAAGACAAAUUCGAGUGGAAAACCAAGGAGGGGCUUGAGCAGCAUAGAGGCCAACGACAGUGAUGAUGAAAAUAGGGUUUUGGAUGGGCUUUUGAUGCAUUACAGUAAGAAACGGUCACCUUAUGAAUCCGGGAAGCCCAAGUCCAAUCCAAAAUCCUGUAUGGAGCAAAAUGAUGAUGAACAUGUGAAGUUGGGUAUUCCUCCAGCCAGAGCAUCUUCUAUGCCACCAGAGACAACUUCUGCAUCUGAGGCAAAACGUGGACAUGUCCGAGCAACUUCUCUCCAGCCGGAAAUGCUGAGCACCGCCGGUCAUGUUCAUCCUAAGCUACCUGAAUAUGAGGAUUUGGCAGCUCGAAUUGCUGCUCUUAGAGGAGCAUAGUAGGGAAAAAAAGAAAAAAGAAAAAAAAAAAAAGGAAAUCAUAAGCAUUAGGAAAAAAAGAUUUAUCUUAGGAAAAUUCUUUAAUUAACAUCAUGUCCAUAAAUAUAGGUUAGUUAUUACAUUAUUUGGUAGCACCUCGUUUCCAAAUUUGUAUACUGAAAAAUCAUUCAUUAUAUUUUAAGUUUCUACAACAUGAGAUUCA